CUACUAUUGAAAGAGUGCCAGCAAAGGCACUUAAUUGGAUGAAUAAGCUGAACGAAAAAACAUACGACACGUUGGAUCAUUUGAAAUACUUCAUAGCUGUUUGGAUGACUAGAGCUGAAUGUCGUGACUUUACCACAUUGAAAACAGAAGACGAUUCUCUAGCUUGCACCGCUGUAGAACUAAUAAAUUUUAUUACUGAAAAUUUGCAAACUAUCUAAAACUUCAAUAGCGUCCAUACAGUACGAACGUGUUGAAUCUUGGAGGCGCAGGUUACCGAUGAAUGGAUAGGACGACAGAUAGAAUAUGCGAACAAAAAGUGUCAACUCUGACAAAGAUGUACACAGUUUUUCUGUUCAUCUUCUGCAGUUGACGGAAUGUGUUCACGAAAUAACAAACAGGACAAAGAGAACAAUGACUUUAUGAGUUCGUGUCGAGUACCGGAAGUUUAGCGGGGGGUGAGGAACAAGGUGGAAGUUGAGGGGGUCAGAACUGGAAGGUUGCGCAGCCACCGCCUUUAAGCGGCGAUUUACGAGAAGGCACUGGGAUACGCUGUGUUGUUCGGAAAUGGGAAAGCCUAGGGUCAUGGCAUUGAGGGAGGGAAACGGCGGGAGCGAGAGGGCUAAAGAUGGCUGCCGUGUAGACUCCCAACGGCCAGCUGAUCCAUCCGUCUGGCUACAGAAAAGAGCACAGUGUAGAGACUGGCCGGCCGCAUAGUGCAAAAAGAUGCGUAGACACAUAGAGAUUCAUAGAGGCAGAUAGAGGGAAAGAGAGGGAGACACUACUUUGCUGUGGUUAUGGAAUUGCUGCCUGGCAUUUGCUUGGCUCUGCUGUUGUGGUCUUAAGAGACAGACAGCAGCAACCGAUUCUUGUAAUUGUUGUACUAGUAGUAAUAGUAAACAGCAACAAUCGGCUGGUCGGCGCAGAUACCCGAUGGCGAACUUCAUAGGGAAACCUGCCGACGAACCGUCGUUGGACCUGACGCCGCCGUUACAGCUGCGGUCGCCAUCGUUCUGUAACGAUUCGAGUUUGUUGUCUUCUCAGAGCGUUAUGUUAAGUGGCAAGAUGCGGAGGUAGAAUCUUGGGCCUGCAGCCGUCGGGGCCGAGGCCGCAAAACGGGCCCAGAAUAGGGUCGAGGGAUCCGAGAUGUCGCAGGACUCCUCUCGGAGUCUGCGACCCGUCCGUUGGAAUAACAGCCCCUUCAGGUGUAAGUGGUGUGUAUUAACCACAUUAUUAUCCGCUCUAGUGUGUUUGACGAAUGCGAACCCUAGUAGUGCGCCCAGACAACAGACAGUUUCACCGUCGGGGGCUCUAUCCGAGUUGGUGGACUACUACGAACCAUUGUACUUCGAUGCCAGCCCGAUGCGGUUGCACGCGCGACGGAAAAGGGCCCUCGAUGAACGCUGGCAGGACCGGCCACCCAUUGAACUCUCGUUUAAGGCUCAUAAAAGGAAAUUCAAAUUGCGUCUCGACUUAGCACCAGAUGAGGUCUUUGCACGAGAUGUGGAGGUUAUUGAAGAUGGACGCCGGGUUUGGUACGACACGGCAAGCGUUGUCCGUGGCGUCCUGCAGGGUCGUGCUGAUUCGGAGGUACAGGGUGUUAUUACGACAGAAGGCCUAUUUGAUGGAGUUAUCAGGGAUGGGGGGGAAGAAUUCUUCAUUGAACCUGCUCAUCGGUACUUCGCCGAUGGAGCCAUUCAUCUGUACAGGGAUCACUCACGAGACCUUGAAACAGCAAGCGAAAAACAAGUGGCUGAGGACACGGGAAGUGAUUUUCAAUCAAAAAAAAAACAAUAUAAAAACAAAUAUAACGCCACUUUCAGCGGGACCACGACCUCCAGCGGUGACCCCAUCUUUCACAGUGUGAUAUAUAAGGGUUCAGAUGUCCGAUUUCCUCAGAAUUCGUCGUGUGGUUCAAUCACAUUGGACGGUGAAAUUAAAAGGCACCCACUUAUUAAGCUCCUGCCGCCGUCGUCAGCACGCCAAACGAGCUAUCUUAAUAGGAGGCGGAAAGAUCCUUCCGGUUUUCACGAAAACGAUAGUGAGAUGCAAAUCGUUGAAACGGUCGAGCAGGAGGACGACAUGCUACGCUAUCGACAGGUAUCGUUAGAUUCUACGGGAACCCACGGUUCGUCGUUAUCUGGUUAUGGAAUCCGAUCAGUUCAGCGGACGAUGUGGGUGUCCACAGAGCGGGGAUCGGGUGGUAAGAGUGGGGUUGUAGUGGACCCCCGAAAGACUACUUGCAUGCUUUACCUACAAGCGGAUCAUCUGUUCUUUGAGCGGAUGGGCACGCGUGAGGCUUGCAUUGAAGCCAUGACCCGUCACGUGCAUAAAGUCAAUUCCAUCUACAAAGGGACAGACUUCGAUCAGGAUGGUCGAGCAGAUAACAUAUCAUUUUUAAUCAAGCGGGUAAAAGUGCACACGAAAGCUAGCCUUCAUAGCGCAGACUAUCGUUAUCCGGAUAACUACGGCGUUGAAAAGUUCCUCGAGCUAUUCUCUGAAGAGGACUACGACGCGUUUUGUCUAGCAUAUAUGUUCACAUAUCGAGAUUUCGAAGGCGGUACACUCGGCCUGGCUUGGACCGGUGACCUAAAAAAUGCCGGUGGAGUGUGUGAAAAGAACGGGCAUUAUCGGGGAUCAUUGAAAAGUUUGAACACGGGCAUUGUUACUCUGCUUAAUUAUGGCAAGCACGUUCCACCGAUUGUGUCUCACGUCACAUUGGCACACGAAAUAGGACAUUCUUUUGGAUCACCGCACGAUCCGAAAGACGACGCGAUCUGUACGCCUGGAGGUGAGGCGGGCAAUUAUAUCAUGUUCGCCCAUGCAACGUCAGGUGACAAAGCCCAUAACAACAGAUUUUCACCCUGCAGUUUACGAGCAAUCAACGCCGUGCUUAAUGCCAAAGCUCGCAAUCUUAAAGGAUGCUUUUCCGAGCCCCAGUGGGCGAUCUGUGGCAAUGGCGUAGUUGAAGAAGAUGAAGAGUGUGACUGCGGUUGGGAAGACGAGUGCCGUGAGUCGUGUUGCGUCCCCAUGGGGGAAGGCGCAGCUAUAGGAGCGCGCGCAAGAACGGUAAGGGAGCAAUCGGGGAGUGACCUCUUGGACCUACAACCACCUUGUACCUUGCGAAAAGGAGUUGUCUGCAGCCCGAGCCAGGGCCCAUGCUGUACGGCGGAGUGUAACCUGAAAGUUGGAGAUAAGUGUCGCGACGACAAUGGGUGCCGAAGCUCUGCCUACUGCGACGGCGGAGGUCCUAAAUGUCCGCCGUCUGUGAGCAAGCCAAAUAAGACUAUCUGCAAUGAUGAAUUCGUUUGCUAUAUGGGGGAGUGCACUGGUUCUAUCUGUACGGCGUAUGGUCUGGAGUCGUGCCAAUGCGGUCGAGAACCGUCAGAUCCGCCUACAAAGGCCUGCGAGUUAUGCUGUCGAAUGCCAGGUGAAGGCCAUGCGUGUAAGUCGUCAUUUGAGUGGAAUACCCCACCGUACGAUGUGCCGGACCUGUUUGCCAAACCGGGAACACCCUGUGACCACUAUAACGGGUACUGCGACGUCUUCCAGAGGUGCCGCGAGAUUGACCCGUCAGGCCCAUUGGCUACCCUUCGUAAACUGCUGUUAUCUACAAGGACGAUUUCAUCAUUGGCCCAGCUUCUAUCGCACUACGCUCCGCUAGUGGUUGCGUCCGCGCUGGCUAUGUUCGUACUAUUUGUCCUCGCUUUAAAAUUACUUUGUUCACUGCCGCCAGGCGCGGCCUCAACUGCAGGAAGCUUGUAUUACAAACAGGCCGUCACUGCGAAUGGGACAAAUAACACUGAACAGGUAUCUUCGCAGCGCUCAAUUUGUGUUUCGGGAACGUUGACGGGCACGAAUCAGCCUCGUCCCGUGCUACGGAAUUCUCGUUCCGGUUCUUUAGUCCCUCGUAUUGUGACGAGCGAAACAAAAACUGGAAAAGACAUUGCGUCGACUAGAGGUCCCUUGAGCCCACGGCCUGCAUGUGUGGUCUCUUCACUUCCAUCGACUGGAACUGGCGGACCCGUUAUAGCCCAGGUGGCCGGACUUUCAGGAACUGAAAACUUCAAUAAGACAUCAGGCUCCAUGGGACCUUCUGGGCAAUCCGACCACGCGUCAUAUACGACCGACUCCACAAAACCCACAGCUCAAGGGACUCUUACGCCGACGACAAACCGUUCCAUAACAUGCGCCCUUCGGUCGAAGCUGUCGUCUCUGUAUGGUAGUACGCAACGUCGAUGGGUCUGAGAAAGAUAGAAGUGACGAGGUUAACUGCAAGUUUAAGUUAGCUGCGUAUAUGAAUGUGAAACAGCGUCGUUCGUGCAGAAAACUAUCAAAACGUAUUAUCUGUCCUCUACUGUUUAUCUGUCACGCAAUUUAGAUCACGUGAGAUGUUCUGACGCUGAUCAUGGUGAUGGUAUAUCGUAUAAUACAUUUGUAAACAGACAAAGUAGAUAGAGAAAUUGCCUAAGUGACUGAUAGAUGUUUGAUUGUUUGUUGAUAAUGAUAAGAUAAUAAUAACAAUAACAAAACAUAUAAUGAAAACGUUAGCAUUUUACAGAAAGGCACCACAACUUAACAGGGCUUGUCCACGGGAACAUAUUAUUAAGGGUCAUCGCUUAUAUAUAUAUAUACAUCUAUGGGACGUUUCCGUGUAAAACUACUUGAGACUUUAUCGGCUAAAGCUAAAAAAUAAUUUUUUUCGGUGAAGCAGGCUUCAAGCGCACUUUUAGGCUGAGUUUAGUAGAUCUUAGCGUCGUGGUUUCUGCAGUAGCAGCAUAAGUCAAGACAAAUCCAAACCAUUGCGCACAGAAAACCGUACGUUUGUUUACAUCUGCUGUGUUCUUAAUCAGAUCUUAGAAUGCACAUGUCUGCAUGCAAAUUUUGUUAAAGGUAAAAAAAGAGAUUUUAAUAUUCAUGCACGAAAAGCCCUACUCUUCGCCAUGUUUAUUCGCUUUUAGCUUCACGAGACUGAUGUUGCAAAUUUUCCGGAUAUAUUUUGCCAAUUCAUCGAGGGUAUAAAAGGACUUUAGAGAAUGGAGCUCAAAUCGACAAAGUUAGCAGGGAAGCAUUA